GUAGCUUGCAUUCUUCCUUUCUAGAUCCACGUAGGUAUAUAUAACAAUGGGAUCAGAAACCCCUCUGAGACUCCCCACCAUAGAUUUCUCCAUACAAAACCUCAAGCCAGGCACCCCCGAAUGGGGCUCAGUUAGAGCUCAAGUACGCUUUGCACUCGAAGAGUAUGGUUGCUUCGAGGCCUUGUUUAACAAAGUUCCUUCAGACGUCCGAAAAGCCAUAUUUGAAGCAACACAAGAGCUUUUCGACCUCCCUUUACAAACCAAACUGCGAAAUGUUUCUCCAAAGCCCUUUCAUGGCUAUGUAGGACAAUACCCCAUGGUGCCACUAUAUGAGAGCAUGGGUAUCGAUGAAGCAAACGUCUACGGACAAGUUCAGAAUUUCACAACCUUGUUUUGGCCUCAACAAAACCCAAAAUUUAGCAAAACUGUUCAUUCCUUCUCGGAGAAACUAUCUGAGCUAGAUCACAUAAUAAGGAGAAUGGUUUUGGAGAGCUUGGGACUUGAGAAAUACCUGGAGGAACACAUGGGGUCAACAAAAUACCUUCUUCGAGUCAUGAAAUAUAAGGGUCCUCAAACCAGCGAGACUAAGCUGGGAUUAAACUCCCACACAGAUAAGAAUGUUGUCACCAUUCUGUACCAAAACCAGGUUGAAGGACUAGAGGUGAAAACCAAAGAUGGGAAAUGGAUCAAUGUUAAACCUUCGCCGGACUCUUUUAUCGCCAUGAUUGGUGAUUCUCUUUAUGCAUGGACAAAUGGUCGAUUACAUUCUCCACAUCAUCGAGUGAUGAUGACUGGAAACGAGACUAGAUACUCUACAGGAUUGUUCUCUAUCCCACAAGCAGGUUACAUUAUAAAAGCACCAGAGGAGAUUGUGGACGAAGAGCAUCCUCUACUUUUCAAGCCAUUCGAUCAUGUUGAGUUUCUUGGAUUUUAUUAUUCAGAGGCUGGUCAGAGAGCUCAGUCUGCUUUGAAGGCUUAUUGUGGUGUCUAGAACUAGAUAAUAUAUCGAGCAGGCUUUGUGUGACUA